GACGCAUAGAUAUCUACGGAUGGAAGCAUAGAAAUCUGUGCCAGUGACAGUACCAGAUUGUACCAGAUAGAACCAUGGCGAGCGUAAACUCCACCGUACACGGUGACAAAUCGUUGACGGAUCAUAUUGACAUUGGAGUAAUCAAUGUGUGUGUGCAAGGAGAGUUAGUAUAAUUACUAUUAGGUGGUCUUUCAAAGGAAUGCGCAUAAAGUACAAGGACAAGAGCGAGACAUUCACCGAGGACUGCUUGAAGAGUAAAGAGCCUUUUGGGCAAUUCAAAGCCUGGUUUGAAAUAGCAUGCAAUACUCCGGGGAUCCUAGAACCCAAUGCUAUGUUUUUGGGAACAGCUACUAAAGAAGGAAUUCCAUCUGUCAGACCAGUCCUCCUUAAGGGCUAUGGUUCGGAGGGUUUCAAAUUUUACACGAAUUACGAGAGUAGGAAAGGUCGCGAGUUAGCAGAGAAUCCCAAUGCAGCGUUAACGUUCUAUUGGGAACCCCUCAGGCGUACGGUUCGAAUCGAGGGUAGCGUUGAGAGGACCUCGACCGAGGAUUCGGAUCAUUACUUUGCGAGCAGGCCGUUUCCCAGCCAAAUAGGAGCCAUUGCCAGCAAGCAGAGUACAGUCAUCGCAGGCAGGCAAAGUUUAAUGGUGAAGGAGAGAGAACUGCUGUCCCAGUUUCCAGAGGGAAAAGCAAAGAGACCGGAGUGCUGGGGUGGAUUUAUCCUGCGUCCAGAAGUCGUCGAAUUCUGGCAGGGCCAGAGCGACCGGCUGCACGACAGGAUUCGAUUCAGGAGAAGGAAACCCGGAGAAAAGCCCGACAAUAUCCUCACUCAUGACGGCGAGAACGAAUGGGUCUUCGAGAGACUGGCUCCUUGAAAAAAAAAAAAAAAAAA